AGCAAACAACAGCAACAAGUAACAACAAUUCAAGGGACAGAGUGGCUGUUGAGUUGGCUAAACAGUUUGGAGAAAAAACAAAGGAAUGGAUCAAAGUGGUGGAAUUGCGACUGGGCCGCGCGAUGUCCUAGGAGUUAGGAACGGUUCCGACAUUGGGUGUAAACCCUUAAAGAAUUUGAAUGGUAAAAUCUGUCAGAUGUGUGGCGAUACUGUUGAAUUAACAGCUACCGGUGAUGUUUUUGUUGCUUGCCAAGAAUGUUCCUUCCCACUUUGUCACCGUUGCUAUGAAUGUGAGUGCGAGAAUGGGAACCAAUCUUGCCCCCAGUGCAAGACCAGAUACAAUAGUCAGAAAGAUAGUUCCCAUUUGGAGGGAGAUGAGGAUGAUGAUGAAGAUGAUGAUGAUGUUGAUGAUAUAGAGUGUGAGGUAAAUUAUGGAGAAGGAAACAUUAACAAAGCAGGGAUGCAAUGGGAAGAAGAUGCUGACCUCUCUUCUUCGUCGGGACAUGAUUCUCGGAUGCCAAACUCAAAUCUCCAUAUCACAAAUGGGCAGCCGCUAUCUGGUGAAAAACCGUGUGCUACUCCUGAUACAAAAUCUGUUCAAGCUACAUCUGGUCCUUUGGGUCCAUCCAAGGCUCACUCACUUUCCUACACCGAUUCAAAGCAGCCAGGUCUUGAGAGUGAUGAAGAGGUCAGAAGAGUGCCAGAGAUCGGAGGUGAAUCUGCUGGACCUUCAGCUUCCCGUCCAGGCGCCGGUCCAACUGGUGGGAAAGAACGUGGUCAGGGGACUGGGGAUGGUCAACGGAAGAGAGGCAGAAGCCCGGCAGACAAAGAAAACAAACGGCUAAAGAGGCUACUGAGGAACAGAGUGUCAGCUCAACAAGCAAGGGAGAGGAAAAAGGCAUAUUUGAUUGAUUUGGAAACCAGAGUCAAAGACUUGGAGAAGAAGAACUCAGAGCUCAAAGAGAGGCUUUCCACUCUGCAGAAUGAGAACCAAAUGCUAAGACAAAUAUUAAAGAAUACAACAGCUAGCAGGAGAGGGAGCAACAGUGGUACAAAUGCUGAAUAAACUUGAUAGCAAAUACAGCAGAGAGAGAGAUAAACAACAGAAGUUAAUUCUAAUGAUUCUUUGUAAGGCACACCGAAGUACCAAAAUUACCAACUGAAUGUUUUGAUUUGUUUAACAAGUUUACUCAAAAGGGACAUUUCUGUUAGGAACAUGAGUUUCUAUUCUUUAGCCUUAACCCUGUCCUUAACCUCACGCAUAUAGUAAUGAAUUAAUGAUUAUAUGUUCAUUGUAUUUAGCAAAGCAUCAAAGUUCUAAAUAGAAAAAAAAAUAUAUUUCUUCAAUAAUAACAAUUUCUUACCUUAUUCAUCUUCUAAUCAGCAGUUAUUUUCAUUAUUGCUAUUUUUUCGGAGAUUAUGCUAUUAAUUGAUGAACUGUAAUCUCAGCGAAAGAUAAUGACAAUGACUGUUUAGAAGUAGAAAGUUUGUGCGCCAUUUGCUGCAUUGAUGGUCUUGACUUUGGAUUAGAACGCAAGCAUGUUAAUGCCAGUGUUACUACACGAACUAUAGCUUGAGUUUCUUUUUGACUUAAUGGUAAACGGAUGCGUGGAUCCAAGAGAUCUUUUACCAUUAUGUUUUUGUUAGAAGAGUCAUCUAACAAAGACGAGAUUAGCUCUCUUGGAUGUCUUCCCAUUAAAGUUUCCAAUGCCACCACUCCAAAACUAUCAACUUUCAUGGAAAGACACCCAAGAGAGCUAAUUUCGUCUUUGUUAGAUGACUCUUCUAACAAAAACAUAAUGGUAAAAGAUCUCUUGGAUCCACGCAUCCGUUUACCAUUAAAUCAAAAAGAAACUCAAGCUAUAGUUGGUGUAGUAACACUGUCAUUGACAUGCUUGCGUUCUAAUCCAAAAUCAAGACCAUCAAUACAAAGUGGCGCACAAACUCUCUACUUCUAAACAGUCACUGUCAUUGCCUUUCGCUGAGUUCAUCAAUUGAUAGCAUAAUCUCCGAAGAAAUAGAAAUAGUGAAAAUAACUGCUGAUUAGAAGAUGAAUAAGAUAAGAAAUUGUUAUUAUUGAAGCAAUCUUUUUUUUUUCUAUUUAGAAUUUUAAUGCCUUGCUAAAUACAAUGAACAUAUAAUCAUUAAUUCAUUACUAUAUACGUGAGGUUAAGGACAGGGAUUGAUACUCUGACAUGAUCGGUAAUUUUGGUACUUCAAUUGAUUUGUUGGAGGAUAAAACGCCUUCACAAGCUGGCAAGUUCCCACCAAUUGAAUAUGAAUCUAAUAAAAAAUAUAUUUUUCUUUAUUAUUUUAUGUUAUUGUAAGUUAUAACUUUAAUUCUAUACCAAAAAAUUAUUAUAUCUAAUUUUCGGUUACUGUGACUUUUAAUAACUAACUGAUUUCUAUAUUGUUCAA